CCUGAAUCCUGAUCAUCCUCGUGGCGAAGGCCUGCGCUCCACCUCGAGCAACAAUGGCACUUAUUUGCAGUCCCUGCAAUGCCAAGCUUAACCCAAAACCUAAGAUUCGACUACUUUCUCUAUCGGCAAUUCCUAACGUCUUGAAUUUUCGCAGUCCGCCUUCUAUCAGCUUUUGUUCCAGCUUGAACUCUUCUGGAUUUUCCCGCGUGGUUCGCCCGAAUAGGGGAACGGAUUUUCAAACCAGACGUCGGUUAACGUCUGUGUACUGUGGUGCAGCAGCAACAGGUGCCGCUGCUACUGAUCACUAUUCGACGUUGAAUGUUAGCCGGAAUGCCACAUUACAGGAAAUAAAAGUCUCAUAUAAGAAACUCGCUCGCAAGUACCAUCCCGAUGUGAACAAGAACCCUGGAUCAGAAGAGAAAUUCAAAGAGAUAAGUGCUGCAUAUNAGGUCCUAUCAGACGAUGAGAAAAGAUCUUUAUAUGAUCAGUUCGGUGAGGCAGGUUUGCAGGGAGAAUAUGACGUAAGGAGCAGUGGUUCACCCGGGGUCGACCCCUUUGAAAUUUUUGAUGCAUUCUUUGGCGGAUCAGAUGGACUUUAUGGAGAAAGAGAUGGAAUUGGAGGCAUCAAUUUAAAUAAGAGGAGCGGAAGAAACCAAAAUCUUGAUAUUCAUUAUGACCUGCACUUAAGCUUUGAAGAAUCAGUGUUUGGAGGGGAGAAGGAAAUUCAACUUUUUUGUUUUGAGGCGUGUGAAAACUGUGAUGGAACGGGUGCUAAAACAAGUAAUUGCAUAAAAGUGUGCGCCAGUUGUCAUGGAAAAGGAGGAGUUGUACAAACUCAGAGAACACCAUUUGGAAUGAUGUCUCAGGUGUCUACUUGUUCAGAGUGUGGUGGAGAUGGUAAGGUAAUAACAGAGUUAUGCCAAAGCUGUGGUGGCAGUGGUCAAAUGAAAUCAUUUAGAAAAAUGGAUAUAGUAAUCCCACCAGGCGUCAGUGAUGGAGCUACAAUGCGAAUUCAAAGAGAGGGCAGUUUUGAUAAGAAAAGGAGAAUGGCUGGUAACCUGUAUGUCACGCUCCGUGUAGAUGAAAAGCAUGGAAUUCGGAGAGAUGGUAUUCAUCUGUACUCCAAUAUUAGCAUUGACUAUACAGAGGCAAUUUUAGGUACUAUUGUGAAGGUUGAAACUGUUGAAGGCUUGAAAGACCUUCGAAUACCUGCUGGAGUUCAGCCAGGGGACAAAGUUAGCUUGUCAAGAAUGGGGGUUCCAAAUAUAAAUAAACCUUCUGUUCGUGGUGAUCAUCUGUUUAUCGUGAAUGUUCAGAUUCCAACAAGCAUCAGCGACAAAGAACGUGCAAUCAUUAAAGAACUGGCUUUGCUCAAGGCAUCUAGUAACGGUACACACGAAAACCAAGGAAAUCUUGCUUCAAGCCAGGCAGCUAAGCGUAAAGCACCAUUCUGGUCUUCAUUCAAGAACUUCGUUGGUAAAAAACAGCCCCGGGAACGAUUUGCUUCGAUUGCCAUGGCGAUGCCAAAACCGUCCUUUUGUAGGCCUUUGAAGGUGCAUUCUUCUUACACAAACUCACUCAUAGUAGCUUUAAUACUAACUUCACUCUUCUCCAUCAUCGGGAGAAAUUACUUCUGGGCAUUUUUACGAGGAAGAUCCCAUUCAUCUCCUACUCUUGGUGGAAGAACAAGAAGUUCUUAGAUAUAUAUUGACAGACCAAGAGGGGCAAGAGCAAGACCCUUGAUUUCUUCUACUGUAGAACUUUAGUACACAAACUUUAUUCAGGUGAUUGAAGGGUUGCCACCUGGGUUCAAUUUAUUGUUAUAAUAGCCUGUAAUCGCCGGUGGGUACCCCACGAGGGAGGGGCAUUAGAUAUGGGCCUGCGCAUUGCUCAGAUGAGAUAUAAAGAAAAUGGAAGUAUUACCAGAAAAGCACUCAUUUAUGAGUUGCUAUUAAAAACAAUGAGGGAU